AGAGCCGCACAUGACUGAGGUUCACAGGUAGCCAACAGACAAGCUAAAAGCAAAAACUUUGAAAAGUUUGGAGAACGUUGGUGGCAACUGGCAAGCAACCCAACUCUGAGAUCCUUCAAGAGCUAAUGGAACGUUCCUAAGCUUGGACAAACACUAGAGGUGUAAAGUAUCUUCUACCGAGGAACUCAAUUAUUCUCUUAGUAUAGAGCUUUGUGCCUGGCUCCGGGAUGGAUAAGUUCUACAAAUCCUUACGGGAAGAACUUAGGGUCUUUGAAGAACAAGUUCAGAAGUGUCGAGUGAACUUUGACCUGCAGACAUUGCAGAGGGCUCUGGUGCUGCUAUCAGAAGACCACAAGGUGGAAGUUCAUAACUGGAAGCAUAUAGAGCAGUAUGUCCACUCUUCUUCCACCACCAGGGACCAAGGGGUGCAACUUCAUAAGUACUUAUCCUGGCUUCUGUCCUAUGUGAACUACCUGCGGACAAUGAAGGAUGCUUUUGACGACCAUGUUGUUUUUCCUUUGUGUGAUAACCUCUAUGUCAACGACGAGGAUGAGACCACACCAACACCGAUCCCGCUGUCUCCUCCAAAUAUCUCAGGCACUGCGCGACAACUCUUCCACCACCGUCGUAAUUGGGCCCUUCUUCUGAGCACAGGGAGUCCAGGACAACAACAUUAUAAUGGAACUCCACGUUCCAUGGCUCUUCUACAUUGUAUCCCAGAUAUAUUUGAAGAGAGUCUAGUGACAGCUAACCUGGCACAAAACUGGAUUCUGCUCCAUGAAACCCAAUCCAAGAAACCUUCACCCACCUUUGAAUCCCAACCUGAGUUGGGCAUAGAAUAUCUCAGGUUAGGGGACGACAGACAACUUUUUGGGGCCUUUAAACACUCAGCUGACGUAGAAGCUCAGUCCCAUCUGAAGGACACAAGGGAGCAUAUGAUGUUUCUCUUAUGGAGAGCUGGGCGGGCUGAGGUUCUGGAGCACCAAAUGAAGGAUGCCAAACAGAAGGUUCGGACUUUGCAACAAGACGUUGAUGAACUGAAGCAGUUAAUGCAGAAAGAUGGACAGGGAACAUCUGAUGUACAGACCACUAUUAGCCUGGAGAACAAGAAGAGGCUGGAGAAACUUCAGAGGCAACUGAACUUAGAAAAGUUUCAACAGCAGAUCGUAAACUGUGACUGGCAGCUAGAGCUGGAAGUUCGACCAUCACUCAUUCGACAAAUAAAUGCAGUUCGCGAGCGCUGUGCAGAACUUGAAAGCUCAAUAAAUACCCAUAAGGAGCUCCACAAGGAACCGUCCCAGGAAUCGGUGGGAACAUUGAGUGAUGGAGAAUGGGAUAAUAACUCCACCAUCUCCCACAGUUCAACAUAUUCCUCUGAUGUUUUCUCCACCCAUUGAUGAGUUCAUGCAACUAAUAUGACUGAAUCUCAUUCCAUUUUAACCACUUCAGCUCUUGCACGCGCACACCCCCUAUGGACAAGCGCCAAGUUUAACAUUGUUUCACAAUUAAAAAAAAAAAAAAA